UGAAAUGUACAUUAUGCAUGAAGGGUGAGGAGGGGCCGCCCAGCCUGGAGUACAUUCAGGCCCGGGACCUGUUUCCCCAGAAAGAGCUGCUCAAAGAAGACGACGCUCUGCAGAUCCCGUUCCCUGUCCUGCAGGGCGAGUGGGUGGAGUUCCUGGGCCGUGCGGACGAUGCCAUCAUCGCCAUCUCCAACUACAGGCUUCACAUCAAAUUCAAAGACUCCAUCAUCAAUAUGUAUCCUGGUGUGGACAGUGAGAUUUCUGUUCCUCUGAGGCUGAUUGAGGGCGUUGAGAGCAGAGAUGAAAAACUGUGUCAUUUCUCGACGUUCAAGCAAUGUGAGGAGUGGCUGAAGCGCUUGAACAGAGCCAUAGCGCAUCCGGCCCGUCUGGAGGAGCUGUUCGCGCUGGCGUUUCACGCCUGGUGUUUAGGAGGAAACACGGACGAUGAAGACCAGCACCUGCACCUCUGCAGACCAGGUGAUCACGUGCGGCACAGGAUGGAGGUGGAGGUGAAGCGGAUGGGAUUUGACAUGCAGAACGCCUGGAGAGUGUCUGAUAUCAACAACAACUACAAGUUGUGUUCGAGUUACCCACAAAAACUGCUGGUGCCCGUCUGGAUCACAGAUAAGGAGCUGGAGAGCGUGGCCUCCUUCAGGUCCUGGAAGAGGAUUCCUGUGGUGGUGUACAGGCACCAGCGUAACGGGGCGGUCAUCGCCCGCUGCAGUCAGCCGGAGAUCAGCUGGUGGGGCUGGAGGAACACCGAGGACGAGUAUCUGGUGACGUCUAUAGCGAAGGCCUGUCAGCUGGACGCCGGGCCGAGGGCCUGCAGGACCAGAGGAGACGGACCCGACUCGUCCGACAGUGACUUCGACUCGUCUCUGACUGGUUGUCCCACUCCUGAUGCCAGCAGUGCAGCACAGAAAUUACUGAUUCUGGAUGCCCGUUCUUACACCGCCGCCGUGGCGAAUCGUGCCAAAGGAGGAGGCUGCGAGUGUGAAGAGUACUAUCCCAACUGUGAGGUGAUGUUUAUGGGCAUGGCCAAUAUCCACUCCAUCAGAAACAGCUUUCAGUCACUCAAAGCCGUUUGCAGUCAGAUCCCGGAUCCCGGCAACUGGCUCUCGGCUCUGGAAAGCACUCAUUGGCUGCAGCACCUGUCUGUCAUGCUGAAGGCCGCGUCUCUGGUGUGCUCUGCGGUGGAGCGGGAGGGAAGGCCGGUGCUGGUGCACUGCUCAGACGGCUGGGACCGCACGCCGCAGAUCGUGGCCCUCGCAAAGAUCCUUCUGGAUCCCUUCUACAGGACCAUAGAGGUAAACGUGAAGAAGAGGAACCACCCAUACGGCUCCGUAAACGUUAAAGUUUUUGACUCUUGGCUGGACUGUGUUCAUCAGCUCCUCAAGCAGUUCCCCUGCCUCUUCGAGUUCAACGAGGCCUUUCUGGUGAAGCUGGUUCAGCACACAUACUCCUGUCUGUACGGUACGUUCCUGUGCAAUAACGCGAAAGAGCGCGAGGCCCGUAACGUCUAUAAACGCACCUGCUCCAUCUGGUCGCUCCUGCGCAACGGCAACAAGAACUUCCAGAACUUCCUCUACAUCCCCUGCCAUGAUAUGGUUUUGCAGCCGGUCUGUCACACGCGAGCGCUGCAGCUGUGGACGGCUGUGUAUCUGCCGUCGUCCUCGCCGUGCACCGCGGCUGAAGAUGCCAUGGAGAUCUACCUGAGCCCUUCGGCCGGAGGAGAGGAGUUCAGCUCGCGCUCCCUCGACAG